UGGAAUUAGGUCGAAAGAGUAGAGUAGUCACUGUCUAAUUUUUUGGUCUGUUCAAUAGUAUUUUUACUCCUUACAUAUUAUUAUUACUUAGUUUGGCUCUUCUAAAAUUAACCCGAUUAUGAUAUCCUACAUUGAUUAUUAAACUACGUGUUUGAUUCGUGAUCAAAAGGGAGUUUAAACUUAUGGCAGAAAAAUGGCUGAUAAGCAUAGUUUAAACUAUGAGGUGAGGGAGUUAAAAUUGGGAUCCAGCUUCACGAACAACAAGGCAUCCCAAUAUCACACAAUCAAAUAUGACUUCAAACCAGCAUCUGUGGAUGUGAAUAAGAUGGCUACGGUAGAUGUCGGGACAAACAAUCAAGUGACUGUCACUGUGCCACAUUUAGAUGGCGCUGGUAUCCCUCAGACAGUGUUCAAAGGCAAUCAGCGACCAUACACAAAGGAGUGUGUGCUCAUCAUAGAUCGAGAUACGGGAGAGAUUACAUUGGAGAAACUUUCUAGUAAUAUACAAGUGAAAAAGACUAGGCAAGAAUCAGCUCAGAAGCCUCGGCCACUAACACCAAUAACCAGUGAGCUCACGAAUACGACCCAACGGUCCACAUCCCGAACUCGUGUCGCUACAAACAGACGUACUGCUAAUAAUGCUGGUUCAGCCAGCAUGGCGGCUCAGGCAAACAACCACAACCAACAGCGGUUCAAUGGAGUCGCACCGAAGACGCAGAACAUGGUUCGAUCACCGCCGAGGGUUAAAACUUCGCCUCCACAAGCGCCAUGGUCAGCCGGCGGCAACAGUACUCUUGCAUCUCUGCCAAUGAUUGGCUUAGACGAUGCUCCAGCAAGUUCUCCGGCCAACGAGCGCCAAGCGCAUGCCCCUCAUGCAUCACAUGCGCCGCAUAUGCCAAACACGCAUAUGCCGAACGCACAUAUGCCCAAUACGCAUAUGCCCAACGCGCACGUGACCAACACCAACUCGCAUGCGUCUAACACGCAUGUGCCCAACUCGCAUAUGCCAAAUGCUCAUAUGCCCAGUAUGCCGAAUACGCAUAUGCCCAGUAUGCCAAAUGCGCAUAUGCCUAGUAUGCCGAAUACGCAUAUGCCCAGUAUGCCGAAUACGCAUAUGCCGAGUUCGCAUGCACCAGCUCCGCCGCGGCCAUCGCCAGCCCCCGCACCUGUUCCCACGCAACAGCGACAAGAUGACAGUUCUUCGAGUUCGUCAAGUGACAGUGACAGUGACAGCGGCAGUGGCAGUGACAGCGAUGACAAUGAUGCCGCGCCACAACACUCGAUGCCUAACGGUGUGAGCACGAACCCCGCGCUGCCCACAGACGUGCUCAACGACGACCUGUGUCUCUCGGAGACGGGCAGCGACUCCGACUGACCUCAGCAUUACUCUUUUUUUGCCUUCGGAGAUAUUUCCUUUUGAUUCCUUUGGUGUGGCUAGUUGAUGUCGAUUUCUGUUUUCUACUAAAUAGGACUUUUUCGUCGUGUCGUCCUUGUGUCAUAGUUAGUAGGGUAGACCUUUCCUUUCGUGAUGUGAAAUUUUGGCAAUAAUUAUAUAAAUGGUUUUGGCAACUAUUAAAGCGAAUAUUUAUAGCGGUGAAUGUUAUAGUAUAGAUCAAUUGUUUCAUCUUUGAAGAAUUUAUUAAUCAACGUUGACGAUUUAAUACAAUGUUUUGAUCUCAUAGUGGCAAGAAUAUUGAUCUCUUUAAUAUUGUUACUGAUGAAAUGAAAAAAAUAUAUAAACGGCGAAAGAUUUAAAGUUUAGAGGCGCUAGAAAACGUUGGUUCUAUAUAUGUAAAAGAGAAGUGUAUUUACGGAAUAUUAUCAAUGAAAUUGGAGAUUUAUAUAUUUGUGGAAUUUUCUAGAAUUUCGAAUAUCGACAUUGACUUGCCACUAUCAAAUACGUAUACAUAGUUUGUGUAUUGUGGAUCGAAGUCUCACAAAAGAUGUUAGUUUGUCAGUAGAAAGAUUUGUCAGUUCAUCUUACGAAGUAUGUUUUGGAGAUCUAGGUAUCAAAAAUCUUGGUCUGGGCAAUCUUGAAGGAAAAAGUUUUGGUCUGAGGGAUAUUAACGUCUGUAAAAAUGUAUCAAGUAUGGUCGAAAUAAAAUCAAAUUCUUUUUUUUUCGGUUGUGUAUAUUAUUAUAUUUGAUUUGUUAAUAAUAUAACGCAGUUUGACUUGAAUUAUCAUUCUUAAAUUAUUAACUGUAUAAAAUUAUACAAAUACUAUUGAAAAUAAAAUUAUUUAUAUCUUAAUUUAAUAGAACAAGGAGGAGGGUGUGACAAUAUUUUUAUUUAUAUUUUUCUACUAACUUUAAUAUCGAUUUAUAAGUUUAUAAAUUUUGAUAAUGUUUGUAAUAAUUGUACAGGUUAUUAUGAAUUGUUCAUUAUUAUUUAUGAAUUGUCUAUGACAUUUUAUUUUUCUUCAAUUAUCUAAUCUGGAAUAAUAAAAAGUAUUUCAUACAUAUCUUUUUACCUUCGUAAGAUGGACACAAGGCAAUGCUGACCAAUGUUUUAGUAUAUGGACACAAUAUAAAUAACGUGCCUCAAUUUAAAUUUAGACAUAUUAUUAUUUUAUGUCAAUACAGGGUGUCCCACCGUUGGUAUGCUAAGCUCAUAGGAGGUUAUAGUUUUGCAUAAUUAUGCUGAGUAAGUAUGUAAAAAAUACUUACAAAAUUCCAGACGCAUUUUUUUUUCAAAUAGAUGAAUUCUUAAAACUCUAUUUGUAGACUCCUAACAAGCAAACCGCCCAACAGACUUUGCCACCCGCACGUGAGCAAUUUUUUAAGAUUAUGUUUUUAUAGACAAAAUGCUCACAUCAGCGAAGCAGUAUAUGCCGGCUGCGCGAAGCUAGAGAAUAAAACGUGGACUUUAUGGAAAAAUUUUGCAAAAAAAUUUAGAUGUUUUUUCAGUGUAUGUAAAACUACAAGUCCCUUCGCGCUUAGUACAGCGAUAGUGGGACUCCCUGUAUUUUAAUAAAUUAGCCUUAAAAACGCCUGUUUGGAGACACCAAACUGUAUACAUGUUUAAAUAUAUCCCGCAAUAAUUUAUUAUGUAUACAGCGAAUUACAAAUUGUAUGUAUGUUGUUAGACGAUAUUAUAUAAUAUGUUGUAAUUAGGGUAAGCUAAUAUAAUUAUAUAUAGUUUUAUGUAAAUACUGGAUUGAUAUCGAAAAAAUUAUUUGUACCGAUUACAUGAAUUAUGUUGUUUCAUUUCUUAUGAAUUCACAGAUUAUUUUGAUGUAUCGAAAACGGCUGUAGCGAUUUUGAAUGAUUUAUCACGCAAAAUGAUGAUGUAAGUACAUUUGAUAUAAAAUAUGUAGGUAUGCAAUAAAAGUCUUAUCGUUUAAAAAAAUUAUAAUUGAUGUAAAUGGUACAAAAUGUAGGAUAUUUAUAAGAAGAAAUUGUUGUGCCUUUAAAAUUCUCAUUUAUAUUGUAACGAGAUUAUUUAUGGGCGCUCCGUGUUCAAGAAGCGUGGUUCGUCACAAUAUCAUUAGUAUAUUUUAUUGUAAUAAAUGUCCUCAGUGCAGA